GCUCAGCAGCAGCGCACGCGCAACUUCCUCGUCCGAAGUCGCGCUCCUCAUUUCCCGAGCACACUCGCGAAAAAUGGACGCUUCUGCCACGAAAUGAGGAAUAUUCUCUGACAGAAGUAUCGCAAUCUCGUUCAAGUCGUCGUCGGAAGCGGCGGACAGCACCAUGGGCUGUGUGUGCUCAAAGAAGGACCGGGAGCAUCUUCGGAAAGGGAGCGGCGAGGGACAGAAAAGUGCACUGACAACCCACUAUGUCAAAGAUCCCACAGCAGGAAAUUCCAAAGCUGGCAAAAUGCCAUCCAGUGCAAACAUAACAGACGGAGACAACAUUUCUAUAGCACUGUACGAUUAUGAUGCCAUUCAUGACGGAGACCUGGGCUUCAAGAAGGGAGACAAACUUCGAAUUUUGGAGGAAUCAGGGGAGUGGUGGCGAGCAAAGUCGAUCAGUACAGGUCAAGAAGGCUUCAUCCCCAGCAAUUAUGUUGCUAAAGAUACCCUGCAGGCUGAGGAGUGGUUCUUUAAGGGCGUGAGCCGCAGAGAUGCCGAGAGGCAGCUGCUGGCCCCCGGGAACAAAGUUGGAUCGUUCAUGAUCCGAGACAGCGAGACCAACAAGGGAAGCUUCUCUCUGUCCGUCAGGGACAGUGACGGCCCGUCCGGUGACACCGUUAAACAUUAUAAGAUCCGUAUGCUGGACAACGGAGGAUUCUACAUCUCUCCCCGGAUCACAUUCAGCACCCUGCAGGACAUGGUCAAGCAUUACAAGAAGCAGGGCGAUGGCCUUUGCCAAACCCUGACCAAUCCUUGCCUGAGUCCUAAACCUGAGAAGCCCUGGGAGAAAGACGCCUGGGAGAUCCCAAGGUCGUCACUGAAGCUGGAGAAGAGACUUGGUGCUGGCCAAUUUGGAGAAGUCUGGCUGGCUACAUACAACAAACACACCAAGGUAGCGGUGAAGACCAUGAAACCUGGAAGUAUGUCAGUUGAAGCCUUCAUGGCUGAGGCCAACCUGAUGAAGACUUUACAGCACGACAAACUGGUCCGCCUCAAUGCUGUGGUCACCAAGGAGGAGCCCAUUUAUAUUAUCACCGAAUUAAUGGAAAAGGGUAGUUUAUUAGACUUCCUAAAGAGUGAUGAAGGCAAUCGCAUCCCACUUCCCAAGCUCAUCGACUUCUCUGCCCAGAUUGCAGAGGGCAUGGCCUACAUUGAGCAGAGGAACUACAUCCACCGGGACUUGAGGGCCGCCAACAUCCUGGUCAAUAAGGCUUUAGUGUGCAAAAUUGCUGACUUUGGCCUCGCCCGCGUCAUUGAAGACAACGAAUACACAGCAAGGGAAGGAGCAAGAUUCCCCAUUAAAUGGACAGCCCCUGAAGCCAUUAACUACGGCUGUUUCACUAUUAAGUCAGACGUCUGGUCUUUUGGUAUUUUGCUGACGGAGAUCAUCAGUUUUGGACGCACACCGUACCCAGGGAUGACCAACCCAGAGGUGAUCCGUUCCCUGGAGAAGGGCUACCGGAUGCAGCGUCAGGACAGUUGUCCCAAGGAACUCUAUGACAUCAUGCUAGAGUGUUGGAAGAACAAACCAGAUGACCGUCCAACCUUUGAGUACCUGCAGAGUGUCCUGGAGGAUUUCUACACAGCCACAGAAAGCCAGUACCAGCAGCAACCAUGACUCGUAGCCAUUGUUUCUGUGCAGUCUCAUGAUGUAGUAUUUGUAUAAAAACUUUAUUGUAUUUUCCCGUGUCCUCUGUCCAUGUACCCCUCAAUAACCGGAUGUCUCAGCAGGCUGUGGACACAAUUUCUUCCAAAGAAGCACCACUUUGAAACAGCGGAAAUGUUUUUUUUGUUUGUUUGGUUUGUUUUUUGUUUUUUUACCCGAGCUUGUGUUGUCAAAGGCCAAGGUCUCAAGAAUGGCCUGUGAACACAAUUAGCGCACAUAUUUUUGGUAGGUUAAAAUUGGAUGCAAGUAUGAAUGAUAAAAACAGUAAUGAAUCCUCAAAGAUCCAAAUUUUGGAAAGAAGGAGGCCUUUUUGUUUAUUUUACAACGUACAACAAUAAGCACCUAUUCAGCAUUCAACUGCAUACUGCUGAACACAGUGAUUAAUUCAAUUCUUUAAUUAAUUCUUUAAUUAGCAACAACAACAAAAUUUAUUUGACCAUUUUAAAAGCUAUGGAAAAAAUAAAUGUUUUCACUCCAGCACGUCCACCACCUUUGUGGAAUGCAUGACAGAAGUCAUCAACUGAAGAGUAGAACUACUUUACAAACUGCUUUGUCUUUUAUUUAUACACCAUAACUAUCACAAUGAUUUAUACAUCAUUGUGAUAGUUAUAAUGUGAUGUGCAAAUUAUAGGACUGAUUUAAAAAUGAUGAAUGUUAUGACCAUUUUUAUUAAGUGGUGGCUUUCAACAUUUCUUUGUGCCUUUUCCUGUGUCUAUGUAUAUUUUGUUUUCUUUUUCUGUACUUGAAAUAUGCAUAAAUGUUUUUUUAAUGUUGUAA